AUGGAACCAGAUGGACUCAAUGCGUCCAUACACGCCCCAGAGGGACAAAGGGUGGAACAGCCGCCACAGGUCAUCCGGGACCCUACCACAACCUUCACCACCCAGUCCAAGAAAGGCCCCGGACGCCCUAAGGGGGCCAAGAACAAGCCAAAGGCGGGCAAGUUGGCACUGGUGCCGCUGGCGAGCCAGAGGACCACAAGGCUGCAAUGCCAAGUCAUCAGGGCCAGCAUCAGAACAGUAUCAUAA